CAAAAUAUAGUAAAUAAAUCGAGGCAAUACAUGGGAGGGAGAUACUUUUUGCCUAGCGGACUCUCUAAAUAAAAAUCUAAUAAAAGAAUCAUUGUCGUUCUAAGAUUACUAACUAUAAAAGUUGGAGUUAAUAUUUAAAAAUUUUCGAAGAUGCCACCUAAAGAAAAGACAGCUGGUGUCCAUAAAAUUAUUAUGGUUGGAAGUGGUGGUGUUGGUAAAUCCGCAUUAACACUCCAGUUCAUGUAUGAAGAGUUUGUAGAAGAUUAUGAGCCAACAAAAGCAGAUAGUUAUCGUAAAAAAGUGACGUUAAAGGGAGAAGAAUGUCAGAUUGAUAUACUUGAUACUGCAGGACAAGAAGACUACGCUGCUAUAAGAGACAAUUACAUUCGUAGUGGUGAAGGCUUUUUAUGUGUGUAUAGUGUUUGUGAACCUGAAUCUUUUGCGAAUGCUACAGAUUUUCGUGAACAAAUAUUAAGAGUGAAAGGUGAAACAGAAGAACAUAUUCCAUUUAUCUUAGUUGCUAAUAAGGUAGAUUUAACUGACAAAAGGCAAGUUUCAAGUGAAGAGGGGCGAGCGAGAGCAAGAGAAUGGAAAGUAGAGUAUCUUGAAACUUCUGCUAAAACAAAAGAAAAUGUAGACAAAGCAUUUAUGGAUUUAGCUUUGGAAAUACAAUCUCGAAAGAACGAGAAAAACCAAUCAACUGACAAACCUAAUAACAAAGACAAGAAAAAAAAGAAAUGCAUUUUAUUAUAAAUUUUUUCUCUGCGUUUUGUUGUAAGUGAUUUCAAUUCCACAAUUUACAAAGACAUAAUUUUUAUGCA